GUGAGCGCUCACUCCCAGCGAUGACAACGUCCUGAUCUCCUUCCAUUUGUGCCCGAGGCGAGAUCCAUUAGCUCGGAAAUGGAUUUGUCUCUCCGUCGUCUAGACAAUAAUCGACUGUGCGAUAUGGAGAUGGGAAUGCAUGCCAAGGGGAGCACUCCUGUUUGUAAUCGAGAAAUGGUGCUCGGGGGAGGGGGUAGUUUCGUAGGCGGAGGCGGGCACACAUCCGUGCCACCCCACCUCCAUGGCAAUUCUGUUUGCGCGCCUCAGGACGGUCGCGCUGCCUACAGCCCGCCGCCGCAGUCGUCUGAGUGCCUCACUUUGAAUGGCUGUUAUGGAUCGGGCUUCAAGAUGAUGCGCUCCUGCUCGGAGGCGCUGUGCCUGUCGACGUCCCCGGCUUCACCGAGGUCGUUCAUGAUGGAGGCGACCAUGAUGGACAGGAACGGCAGUGGAGGGCGGUCGCACACGACAGUCGAUACGAAGGAGUCUAGCGCGUCGAGCACUCUCUCGCCGCCCCCGGAGAAGUCAGUCGAGCAGAAUCCGAGAUCCGCCGGAGGCAGCGGGAAAGAGGAUUGCAGACUCAUCGAGUCUAUGGGGGUCAUGCCGAGGUCAAACGUGAACACGACGAGUGUGGCGUCUGGCGGCACGACGGAGAUGACGGCGAGCACUAACAACCAUGAUGAUCCUGGCAUGACGUUAUCGUCGAAAAUAACCUCCGGAUCGCUAGUUAUAGGAGGGGGAGGAGGUGCUGGAGCGAAUGGAAUGAAGAUGUCGGGCAGCUCGUUUGCCGGAAACGGAGUAUCAGACAGCGCAGAGGGAGCACCGGCGAGGAUAGCUGGAAUAGGACAACCAGGAGGCGGGGGGGGGGGAAGUGGCGGGUCCGUGGGGCUAUCGAUCGGCGGCACGAGCUCGAAAAUGAUUGGUGGGUCGGGAAUCGGCGGCGGGAAAGAUGCAGCAGCAGCUGUUACGGGUGUGAAGCGGAAGAGGAGCCUGCCCGGUACGCCCGAUCCGCAGGCGGAGGUGGUGGCCUUGUCCCCGCGCACGCUGAUGGCGACGAACCGGUUUGUCUGCGAGAUCUGCAACAAGGGCUUUCAGCGAGACCAGAACUUGCAGCUUCACCGGCGAGGGCACAACCUUCCGUGGAAGCUGAAGCAGCGGCCUAACAAGGAAUGCCGGAAGCGAGUGUACGUGUGCCCAGAGCCGACGUGUCUACACCACGAUCCGGCGCGAGCACUGGGUGAUCUGACUGGCAUCAAGAAGCACUACUGCAGGAAACACGGAGAAAAGAAGUUCGAGUGCGACAAGUGCAGCAAGAAGUACGCCGUGCAGUCGGAUUGGAAGGCGCACAUGAAGACGUGCGGCACGCGGGAGUACCGGUGCGACUGCGGGACACUGUUCGCAAGGAGGGACAGCUUCAUUACGCACAGGGCGUUCUGCGACACGCUGGCGGAGACCGCAGCGAGAGUGAAUGCCCACCAGAAGUCUCUGCCAGCGGGGUUCCAUCCCGGCCAAAGCGACCUGGCGCAGCUCGGGCCGAAUCGGAUGCUCCCGGGGUGGCUGGCUGGAGACAUUGCAUUGAGAGAGAGCAGGGGAGAAGCCGCGGCGGCGAUGGAGCUGCUGGGGAGCGGAUACCGAGAUCGGCUGGGACUGAUGCCAGGUGCUCAUCAUUGGAGCCAAGAGACGGCAUCCGUCCCCAGUUCUCCUCAAGGGUUGAGUUCCAGAUUGGGUUUGUGGCUAGGGCAGGCUCCCCAAGACCGUGCCAAAGGUCAUCAUGGGGGAAUGCCGCUCAUGCUUCCCCAGUCUCUGCUCGGCGUCAACCCUGGCCUGGUAAAUGGCACCGUGGACCCGGGGGGGGCGCCCUACUUGGGCGGCAAUGUUCAUCAGGGUGGGCACAAAGCGGGAGCUGGAUAUGGAGGGCCGCUUCAACUCGAGUAUCCGCAAAUUCCACCGGCUCCACGCCAAGCAGCGGGCAGCCUGUUCGCUACGUUGUUCGCUUCGGGGAGUGCAGGCCAGAUUCCGCUUCCAUCCAGUCAUCACGGGAACGAGUCCAACGGACACGUGGCAGGGCCAGCAGGCGCAGGUCCAGGUGGAGGAGGGGCGAUGACGGCUAGUGGGUUAUUAUUGGCCUGUCAGAAUGCGCACGACGGGAUGGGGAUGCCGCCGAGGACGACCACCGGUGACAUGCUCGACCAGAACCACGAGUCUCAAUCACCGGGCGAGCCGGGGCCGCAUCACCCUCGUCAGGGAGGGCCUCCUCCUGGCACCGUAGACACUUAUCAUCAUAGGUGCGGUGAUGGCAGCAGCAGCAGCACAGUGCAGCAGGGGAACUCGAUGGGAACGGCGUCGAACGGGUUGCCCAUUUCGAGCGGCUUGUUGACAGGGCCUUUGGCAAACACUCCCUCCGCCGCGGCCAUGGCGCUGGUCUUGUCGGCCCAGCAACACCAGCAGCAGCAGCAGCAGCAGCAGCAGCAGCAGCAGCAGCAGCAGCAGCAGCAGCAGCAAAGGCAAGGGGAGAACCAUCGUCAUCAGCUGCCACAGCAUCAAGUCAUGCACGCGCAUCGUGGGCCACCGCCACAACACGGUCAACACCUUCUACAUCACACGGACGAGCAGGUGCAGUAUCAUCGCCAACAGCAGGCCCCAGAGCAGGGCAGUGCGGGAGCAAACGGGUGUGGCGCACAAAGGGGGGGGGACCACAACUCCGGGGCGGCAUUAAUGCACCUGCAAAAGUCGAUGGCGCAACGUCAGCUGGAAGGUAGUGGAGGCCUGGAAGGAAAUUCAAGGUCAGACCUGAGAGGCGACUUGUUCGGUGAAAACAUAUCCAAUUCGUUAGCGGCGUUGACGGCAUUCUGGGGGGCUGGAUCUCGAGUGUCGAGGGCAAUGGGGGGAGGUGGAGGGGGAGGAGGAGGACCAGCAGCAGCAGGAGGAGGAGGAGGAGGAGGAGGAGGAGCAGAGGGAGCGACGGGUGUGACACAAGGCGCCGGGAUUGGGAGCGGCACAGAGGAAGGCCCCGGCGCACUUAUGCAGAGCCAGAUACAGGCAAUGCUGAGGGGAUUCGACGGAGGAGCGACUCUCAAUGCUGAGGGGACUUGCUCCAGGGACAGUGGCAGUAGCAGUAUGGAUCAUCACGUACCUGGCUCGAGAUCUGGUAUGAUUAACACGCAUACCUUGAAUUUCGAUGAGCAGGGAAGACAUGGGGAAUCGGGGAGUGGGAGCUUACAUGACAUGAUUAACAACGGGCCAAGCGGAAGCCCUGGUCCCCAACCUCUCUGUCACUCGUCGAGCAUGAAUGUGUACGGUUGUGUUGCUGGUUCCUCUGGUGGCAACAUGGCAGCAAAUGGCCUGGUCGCGCCAAUGGGGCUGUAUGGCUAUGGAGAUCCUUUUCAGGGAGAUAUCCUGCUCAAUGCGGGAGCUGGGGGGAACCUGAGGGGGCAAGGGGGAGGACCAAGAGCUGGACCCGCCGGGGGGGGUGAAAGGGCUUGUUUGCAGAAUAAUUCUGUCGUCUGUGAGACGAUCAGCCAGAUGCAGGGUCUAGGAGCCGGCAUGCCUAUGAGCGCAGCAGUGACCACGAAAGGUCAGCAUCAGCAGCAGAUGGGAGAGCCGCAAGGCGAUUGCGUACGGCCGGGGAGGUUGUCCAACUUGUCCCUCACCUCCUUGGACGCAGAGAGGGGAACCAUGGGAGCGGUAACGAGAGACUUCCUUGGACUUGGUGGCAGCGAGAAGGCCAUGUCGCUUUCAGCAACCGAGCUGGAAGGACUGGCUGCCUUGGAAGGCAACAUAAGAGGGUUCCAGAAUGCAAAUGGGGCCGCUGCAAAUCAUCCUACCUCAGCUGUACGGUCUGUACCCGAAGGAGGUGUUGGGACAGCACAACAAGAUGCCUUAGGAUCUGCAGCUCCAGCUGUGAGACAUAACCAGUUUGAAGGACCGGGGCAGUCGAUGGGCAGUUGCUCUAGUCCGCACUGUGGCUGAUACGCUGGCGGAGGAAUUAUGAAUAUGGGUGCUGACACGGCAGUGACGGCACUGUUGGCAGUGUUGGGUGAAAUUUCUUUGUGAGCCCAUCAUAUGUAAACACACCUGCGUCUGAAAUGGGGAUUCAGACCUACAUAAUAAGAGAAUUUUCUGUACUUGGUCGCCGGACGGUACACACAUAAAGCUUCAUAAAGACAUCAAGACUUCAAAAGAAAUCUGCCGGUAGAGGAGCUGCCCGAUGGAAGAAAUGAAAUGGAAUGAACAGUUAUAAACUAG